AGCACAUAGAUUAAUGGCAGAUGAAGGGGAGAUUUCGCGGUGCAAAAUCAGCACAGACACUGUGUAUAAUACGCUAAAAACGCAUACAAAAUAUGCACACAUCGUUCGCGGUGGACCCACACUAAAAGAUGUUGAGCGUUUUCGGAACGGGUCGGUCCGCGAACCUUAUUAGAGAUCUCUUUAUGAGCGAACAUUUAUGAGUGAACCUCUCAUCGAGAAACAUGCUAUAUCAACUGAGCUAUGUAAUGUUAAUCGAGAGAAGCAUAGACACAAAUCUCAUCGUGUAUGUAGACGUGAUCGUGAACCAAGCAGAAUACCAAUACGAAAUUUGAAAAGGUUAAGGAACAAGAGCAGAAAGAAUGCAGCAAUAUAUCUCAUGGAGGGAAAGAACAGUGACCGCUUUGAAACCCAUCCCACCCCUCAAACAUUGCGAUGGUACCUUCUAGCAAAUUCCCAAAAAUUCUAUGUUUUGGAGCUGAUGGCUGCAUUGAUUCUUCUUGCCUUGGGACUCACUGAAAAACCACCAGCACUAAAAGCUAACAAUUUGAGUGUUCCAGUCGAGGCUCAUGCAGCCGUGGAGAUUCUCUCACUGAUGAUUGUCUUUGCUGGACUUGCUGUAAAACUGAAAUGGCAGGGAACAAAGUUUUUCUUCUCCCAUAAGAGAAUGCUUUUCACGGUUGUUAUUUGGUGCGUGGUAUUUGCAGAAGCCAUUGUGGUGCUGGUGAGAAGGGAGAAUCAUUUUCGAGUAACAAGAUCUCUGCGCCCACUCUUUCUUAUUGACACGCAUUACUGUUCUGGGGUGAGAAGGGUUCUCAGACAGAUUUUACUUUCACUUCCCCCAAUCCUGUACAUGCUCUAUCUGCUGUUUUUUAUCAUGGUAAUCUUUGCUAUGUUAGGGUUCUAUCUGUUUUCUGACAAUGAAAAGGAUGAGUUUUUCAGCAGCUUUGGGAGAAGCUUCAUCAGCUUAUUUGUGUUACUUACAACAGCAAAUUAUCCUGAUGUAAUGAUGCCAGCAUAUAUCAGAUCACGAUGGUCUGUUAUCUACUUUGCUGUUUACAUUGCAGUUGUUCUUUACUUUCUCAUGAGUCUGCUUUUGGCUGUGGUUUAUGAUGCCUUUACAAACAUUGUAAAGAAUAAGUUUAGAAAACUCUUUCUUCAUAAAAGGAAAGGUAUAAGAAAAGCUUACGAACUUCUCCACGGUAAAAAUCCUCCACAUGGGAUCCCAUGGGAAACUUUUAAAGGCUUGAUGUCACAUUACGACCCCAAAAGGACUGAUGUGGAGAAUUAUCUUUUUUUUAAGUCACUAAAUGAAAGUAACACUGGACAACUAAGCCAGGAUGAAUUUUACAAUGUUUUUGAAAACAGUGAGAUGAGGUGGAAGCCGGUAACAGAACAUUACGAUCAGUGGUUUAGCUGUUUUAAGUCAUGUACCUGUUUGUACCGCACACUCAAAGGUAUUCGCUGGCUCAUAUCACAUAAAGUUUUUGAGUACGUCAUCUAUGCAAUUAUUUUUCUAAAUGGGAUUACAGUUGUUGUGGAUAUCAUUGUGUUUUCCAACACUCCUCAAAAUGAAAGGCAAAAGAAGAUAAGAGAGCUCCAUUGGUACCAUAUAGUCUUCAUUUGUAUUUAUGCAACAGAAGCCUUGCUCAAACUCCUUGGUCUUGGUUUAAGGAAAUAUUUCCUGUCUGGCUGGAAUGUAUUCGACCUCUUUGUAACUGUGGCUGGUUUUAUUGGUGCAGUUUCAACAUCCUUCAGUUUUAUCGUCUGUGUGAGACCCUUGAGACUUUUGCUACUUUUUAAAGUGAAAAAAAGAUACCGUGACUUGUUUGAGACAAUAGGUGUCUUGUUACCUCGAAUGGCCAGGGUUGCCGUCGUCAUUCUGUUGAUGUACUACUCGUUUGGAGUCAUUGGAAUAGAAUGCUUCUCUGGACUCGAAUUAAAGAAUUGUUGUGUAAACACUUCGUGGGAAGGAGCGUACAAGGAGGGUGGCUAUCAUUUGAACAACUUCGAUGAUUUACUACAUUCAUACGUGACUUUGUUCGAGUUGACAGUGGUAAACAACUGGUUUAUAAUAAUGGAAGGGAUAGUUUUCCUGACAUCAGACUGGGCCAGAGUAUUCUUUAUGUUAUUUUACAUUGUCACAAUGGUUGUUAUGACAAUUGUUGUGGCGUUUAUCCUGGAAGCAUUUCGCUUCCAGAUGAAAUAUAGACAAGAACAUCCUGCAGACGAAGAAGAGGAUAUGAAAAUCACGAAGAAAGAGACUGUGACCUACGAAGAAUUCCUGACCUUGGGCCAAAGCUAUGUGGGGGAUCUGCAGCACGGUCAGCACGUUCGUUAUGAAGGAAAACGCCCCAAGACAAAAAUGGAUUUGAGAGUAAGAAUGUACGACGAUGAAGUCAAGCAAUGGAUACAAAAUGAAGAGCCCCUCGAAAUAGGAGAACCUUCAGCGCACGCUCAUAUAACAGAAGACACAAUGGCCAUGUCUCCUACCAACUCACCUUCAUCACCAGUCCCCGCGAACACGUUAUCCAAUGGUCUUGUGACUGAUGAGCAAUGGAUACAAAAUGAAGAGUCCCUCGAAAUAGGAGAACCUUCAGCGCACGCUCAUAUAACAGAAGACACAAUGGCCAUGUCUCCUACCAACUCUCCUUCAUCACCAGUCCCCGCGAACACGUCAUCUAAUGGUCUUGUGACUGAUGAAGUAACAAUGGGAGAAGUAAACAUAGCGUUAGACGAAUAAGACGCCACCUUUUGAAAAUGGGAGCGGGAAAAACAGAUACCCUCCAACAAGGUUCAACAGAUUACUCUAUUAUGUAUAUAUACUCAGUAAACUUUUACCUAAAAUGAGGCGGAUACCAGUCUGAUCGGUUCCUAAGAGCGCUUGAAAAACCAACUGCACAGUAUGCGGUUGGUUUCUCAAGCGCUCUUAUCAAUAUAUCUGGGAUUGCACUAGCGUCAGGCAAUGAACUGUAAAUAUGUAGCGCCGCAUCAUUUGUCAGAUAACGAAAGCUUAGAGCGCCAGCUCAGUGUAUAUUCGGCUGGAAACUGAAAAAAGAACUUCUUAGACCAGGUUAAAAUGGUAAAGUUUUACUUAAUAUGAACAAAUCUGCCAAAAUGUUUAGAUUUCCUAGGGACUAUUUUCGUUCUAAAAAAAAUCCCAUACUCUAGGAAAGUCUUUCAGAUUGAUUAGUCCUUAACACUGACCAAGAAUCAAAGUGCUCUGUGAGCAAACUCGUGAAUUGACACAUGAUUUUUUGGAUUAUGUUUAAUGUUAUCUGGUUUAGGGAAUUUUGUGGUUGAUUGUCAUAUCUAGAGUACGAGCAGUAGUUCAGUGUUCACUAAUGUAGCAAAGAAACAAAGUAACGUUGGGAUAAGAAGGCAUUAUAAAUGAAAUGAUCAUGCUAUUGCAUUUGACAAGGGUGGAUGAUGUCAUGUGUUUUAAACGUAUAUCAUUUCUGUUUCUGGUUCAAAAGAAAAGGUUGGAAGUAA